AGUACGACAUCAAACUAGGAUGUAUUUACAUUCAUUCAUGUAUGAACUCGCACUCCAGCGCAGUAGGAGGCGCUCUGACGCUCUUCAGUCCGCCAGUAAAACACACCAGAACGAAAGAAAGAAGAGCUUACAGUUUGAACAUUCAGCCGAUGUUGAGCAUGAAAGCGCAGAUGGAUGUGAUCUGCUGUAAAUCAGUAGGAACUGAUCUGUCCAUGCUGGAUAUUGAGGAUUUCAUCAGUGAAAUCUGUCAGCUGAAGAAAGAGGUGGCGUCACUGGAGGCAAAGCUGAGAGAAAGAGGAGACAAUCCCAACAGAGAGGAUUCAGUCUGGAGCGUCAGAGAUCAGAGAUCCACUCAGGAAUCAGAUCUCAGCCUCAGUUUACUCUGUUAUACUGACGCUCAGGAGAGCGUGUGUGACAGUCAUGGAUCAGCUGAUCAAACCUCCACAGAGUCUGACUGUAACGCUGGAGAACAGCAGAAGCCGCUGAAGGUGUGCUCCAUCAAACUGGUGGACUGCAGGAAUUCAAAGGAGACAAGAGAAGAAACCACUGCAGAGAAAGAGAAAGUACAGAGCGAUGAUCAUGGCAACAGUGAUAAUGAUGAUCAUUGUGAUGAUGAUGAUGAUGAUGAUGACUUUAUUCCCUCAGAUGAAAACGGCGGUUUAUCUUCUGACGAAGAAACAGCCUCAACAUCAAAAGAUCAGCCAACAGCAAAGAGUUUUUCCUGCGUUACCUGUGGAAAAACAUUCAGAAGACAAGGACAUUUAGCGAGACAUGAGAGAAAACACACAGAAAAGAAAGACUUCACUUGCAAGAGAUGCAACAUCAGCUUUCCUACCUUAGAAGAGAGGAAACGUCAUUCAAAAGAGCACAGUGUGAAGAAGGAGUUUCGCUGCGAACAGUGCGGGAAGGUUGCUUUCACUUCUGGCAAUCUGAAGAUUCACAUGAAGACGCACACUGGCGAGAAGCCCUUCCACUGCAGCGAGUGCGACAAGAACUUCAGCACGAAACAAUCUCUUAUUGUUCACAAGCGAAUCCACACGGGCGAGAAGCCGUACAAGUGCCCUCACUGCGAGAAAAGAUUCAGAGAUGGCUCCCAUUUCAAGACACACAUGCGUUCGCACGCCAGCGAGAGGCCGUAUCAGUGCAGCGAGUGUGGGAAAACCUUUAAGCAGCCGAUUUGUCUAAUAUCUCACCAAAAAAUACACUCUGAAAAAAUGCAUCGAUGCUCGCACUGUGACAAACGUUUCCGUCAGAUAUCUCAGCUGAAACGGCACGAGAGAAUGCACUCCGGAGAGAGACCGUACCUGUGCUUUCACUGCGGGAAGAGCUUUUCUGAUCCGGCUCAUUUCAGAGUCCAUCAGAGAGUUCACACCGGAGAAAGACCGUAUCACUGCAGCGUUUGUGGGAAGAGUUUCCGUCAAAACACCAACUUACUGAAGCACCAGAGGAUUCAUACAGGGGAAAGACCAUUCAAGUGCUCACAUUGUGACAAGACGUUUGCUCGAACAGAUGUGCUGAAGAUCCAUGAGCGAGUUCAUACAGGAGAGAAACCUUACCGCUGCUCCAUCUGUGGCGAGAGAUUCGCUUAUUUAGGGGGUUUUCAGGCCCACCAGAACAAACACGCUAAAGAACAAACUGCUCCAGAAACAUCAUAGUGUCUUUUCACAGUUCAAUCCCUCAGCUGAUCUUAAAAAUGUACAUUGAGCUCCUGCUGCCAGUAGGUGGCAGAGUCACAUUGAGGUUUUAUGUCAAUCAUGAGUAGGGAUGAAUUGACAGAGCAGGACAAUUGCAAUGAUGUGAUUUACAGUUAGUCCCUGCUGGAAGGUGCUGUAACUACACCAUUCUGUGGGCAAAAAGUACCUAUUCAAAAUUUAAAUCCCAAAUGAUUUUAUAAUAUUAUUGCAGAUGUUUGGCCAUGGUAACAUACACUGUUACCAUUGAGAUGAACAGGACUGCUAAUAAAUAGCUUUCUGCAGGUGUGUUAGACAUUCUGGAUAUGCACUAUUAAGGAAAUUGUGAAAAAAAAAGAGAAAUCAUUGGUAAAUGUGAUAAACAUUAAUGCAUUAAACUUUGACAGCUCUGAUUAUAAAUUAAUUUAGCUACAGCAUACUUGAGCUUCACCUAGACCUUGACCCAGGUAUUUUAUUAUUUUUUAUUUACCAGAUUGUAAAUUUUACCCAUUUUUCUAUAGCAAAAUUGAGCAAGUUUGAGUCUGUUAAUAACAUAAUUAUGGAUAUAUAUAUUCACAGAGAGAGGAGGUUGGAUUUUCAUUUAAAGACAGCAAUUAUGUGAUAAUUUCAUUUACAAUUAAUCAGGAGGACCAGACAUACAAAAUAAAAGGGAUGUACAAUAUUUCAAUCAUUUAAACAUACAAAAUAAAAGGGUUGUACAAUAUUUCAAUCA